GUCCCUACAGGAUCUGGGCAGUCGUGGUGGCAUUUGCUGCACGGUGGAGCAAGGUGGGAGCAUCUCAUCAAGGGCUCUGCACUCGGUGGUCGUUGUGGCUUUUUCAUCUAGGUCCCACCAAACUCACAAACGCAUUGUGGUUCUGAGCAUUUACUGGCUGCAGUGGGUCCAGUGGUCAUGCUGAUAUAGCCUAAAUCGUUCAUAAAAUGAGCCGGUGUUCAAAUAUUUCAGUAUUAUCUGGGUUUUCCCUCCCCACAAAUCUUUGGUUUUGAACUACACAGUGUUCAGGGAAGUUUCAGCUAACUUGAGGCACUUACUGCUGGGCUGUGCAGUUAAUUACACUAAUGUUAAUAAUACAUAUUAAUGUUGCUUGUCUGCAUUCCUUGCUCUUCUUGCAUUUUUGGAAUAUGUUUUUUGUUGGAAGCUGGUUUAAUGUUCAGAAACUGAUUGCAAAGUCUUGUUUUGAAACAUGAUUCCAAAAGGCUUUUUCUGUGUAAGUGGUCCUGCUUACUGGAUUAAGUUUUUGUCAUUUUAUGCCUUGGAUCUGUAUUUGAGAUUCUGAAUUGCACUCAAAGCCGUAGGAAGUGGUGGAAAAUAAGUGAGGGAAAAACAAUGGAGUAGGAGAAUAACUGCGCACUGCUGUUGAAAUGCAAGUUUCAUAAAUGGAAGAGUUCAUGGUUUCUGGUUUGCAUAACAGCAGAGACUGAAUAGGCAUAAAGGAGACUGUAGUGUGGGUGAGAAGUGUCAAGCCCCUUGCAAGGCUUUGCUCUGUAAAAAAGAAGAAAUGAAUCCUACAAAUGAUGAUCCAGUGUUUGGGACCAUUUUUGACUGGGACUAUCUCUUAUGGGAAGUUCGUUUGACAUUUUUAGCUGCUGGUUUUUUAAUCUACCUGGGAGUAUUUCUUCUGUCUCACUGGUUGUCUUCAUGGAUAAGUACCACUUAUCGUGCCUUGUAUGCAAAGGAGAAGGUGUUUUGGAAUAUGGCGGUCACACGUGGUGUGUUUGGACUUCAGAGUUGUGUUGCUGGGUUAUGGGCUUUGCUCAUAGAUCCUGUUUUUCAUGCUGACAAAGUGUAUUCACAGCAGAAGUGGAGUUGGUUUAACUGUUUGAUAGCUGCUGGAUUUUUCUUGCUUGAAAAUGUAGCUGUUCACAUGUCCAACAUUAUUUUCAGAACAUUUGAUGUGUUCUUGGUAGUUCAUCACUUGCUUGCUUUUGGUGGCUUGGCUGGUCUAGUAAUUAAUGUGAAAUCUGGACAUUAUCUGCCUUUGAUGGGAAUGCUGCUGGAGAUGAGUACUCCCUCAACAUGCAUUUCCUGGAUGCUACUAAAGGCUGGCUGUGCUAAUACCUUUUUCUGGAAGGCAAACCAGUGGGUGAUGAUCCACCUGUUUCACUGCCGCAUGAUUCUUACUUACCACAUGUGGUGGGUGUGUAUUUUCAAUUGGAAUUCUGUGAUGGAAAAUCUGGGACUUGUUCAUUUUAUUGUUUUAUUCUCGGGAUUAUUUGCUGUUACACUAAUACUUAACCCAUACUGGACAUACAAAAAAACUCAGCAACUCCUCAGCCCAACUGACUGGAACUUUGAAAAUAAAGCAAUGGAAAAUGGAAAACUAAAUGGUGAAAGACAUCAAAAGAAGAGGAUAUAACACUGAAACAGCUGUUUCCUAGUAGGGUAGCAGAAGAAUACAGUAUGGACUAAUUCUUUGCCCAUGAACUAGAAGCUUUUGGAAGAAGCUCAUUAACACAGUGAUUUCUUGCUGGUAGUAUUCUGCUUGGAUCAGAAGUAUUAAAAAGCAUUGUUUGUGUUUCAUAUGUGCAUACACAUAAGAUCUUCAACCUCUUAGUUAUGAAUUACACCAACAAUUUUGUCAGGUUGGACAAUAUUUCAUGAUUUAGUAGUGACAUGGUCUCUAAUGGUAUUCUUUGUCCUAAUGCUUCAAAGUGGCUUUACAGUUAAUUUGUCUAUUAAGCUCAGCUUGAAUCAAGUUUAGCUUGAAUCCUACUUCACAUAUGUCAGAGAUACUGAUACUGGAAAUUACAUUGUUUAUUAAGAUUAAUUAUGACCCAAGUUAGGUAUGCAUGGGUACCUAGUUCCUGUGUGCCAUUAAAUCAUUCCAAGUGGCUGAAUUGGUCAGUGGUAGAAUGCAGUCAUGGCUGGGUUUGGGGUAGGGGGUUUUGGUUUGUUUUUUUUUUUUUUUUAAGUGCACUUGAGGAAGAUAAUUGUUUGAGUGUUCACUGUCAAAGUGAGUUGUAGUUUCCAGGUUGCCCUUAGUAUGAGAGGAGGUUCAUAUCCACCACAAACAUUCAUGUGGGGAUGCAGGCAUUCGUUAUACCAGUGGCCUAGCUAGGUAAUCAUAGUGGUCCUUUCUAGACUUGAAAUUGGUGAAAUACAAGAAGGAACGAUAGAACGUUUGACCCUGUUUCAUCCUUGAAAAGAUUGCUGAUUGAUUGGUAGAAUUAUUUUCUUUGUAGAUCCCACAUGAGCGGUCAUGCAAUUAGUUCCACUAGUGCUCCUGUUAUGGUUCCUCUUAUUUUAAAAAAAUGUUCUUAGUUAUAGAGGGGUUUAGAAUCUGAAGCGACUCCUCUGUGGAAAAAAGCCUAUAUUACCUCCUUCAGGAGUUCAGUUGUUCUUCUACUAUUUUUUUAUUUUACUUCAAAAAACAUACAAAGUGAUGCUAACAAUCCUUUGCACUUUAUCUGCCACAUCGCUAAAUCUUUCCUUGACCAAAGAAAUAAGGUUGAUUUUUUUAGAUAGGGACUUGGCAAAUUGUGGUGGAUAUUCUCCCGCUAACAGUCUUGGUCUGAUGAUUCCAGGGUGAAAUAUAAAGAUCACGAUAGAAGAGAGUGACGCCUAAUGGCAGGAGAAUGACAAAGAUAUUAAUUAGUUCUGGCGCACUGAACUGGUGAGAUAAAAAGUCCGUAAUUUGAAACUUUGUCGUAUAGUGUGAUGUGACUGCUACACAGAUUUAUUUUCCAAAAUAAUAAGACUGGGCAAGCCCAAGCUGUGAAGAAUUUUAGGCCAGUGUUAGCGGCUUUGCAUACUGAUGUGUGGUGGAACAUACUGUUUUAAAUGUGUAAGGGAAGCACUGUUUGGUGUAAACAACCCCAUUUUAUUAAUUUUUGGUGGGAAUGUCUUUGAUUUUGUUCUGAGUGAAGGGAGGAAGCUAGUGGUCAGGUUGCUGUGUUCCCUAAUUCACUCUGUGUGAGCACAAAGUCUGAAGAGCUGCUCUAUAAGGGAGAGAAAACCUUUUACUGUUAGGUCACAAAUGUAUAGCCAGACCUUCUUGAUAGUGAUGAAGUGGUGAAUAUCUGAAAUUGCCCAUUCAAAACUGGGCUGAGAGAGUCAUAGUAAUUUUACACAGCAGCCCUUAUCUAUUGUCCUGCUGAUAUUCAAUAGAGAAAAUCUAAAUUUUGUGCUACCUUUUGAUUUCUAAGCAGGCCAGAAUGAGGUUGCAGUGUUUUGGCAGUGUGGCCUGUCUGGACACUAUCCUAUCGAAAAAAAGCUUCUCUGAAGUUGGAAAUUGCAUUCCUCUCCUUAAGGGUUGUGUGUGUGAGAGUAAUAUUAAAAGUACUUUAGAAGAAAGCAGAGGGAAGAAUUCCUCAGAAACAGAACCCAAAUAUGUCAUCUGAAUGCAUAUCUUACAGAAUCAAAACCUCACAGGAGUUCCAGGGGGGCAGGCAGAUGAUAAGUCACCAGAUAUAAAAAUGAUGGUGUGCUCUAUGCAGCUUAAAACUUAAAGGUUUGGAUUUGAUAAAACAAGGUAAUAAUUAUAAAAAUCCCAGCUACGUAAUUUUGAGGAAUCCUAACAGAGAAUGGAAAUAUCAGAAGAGAAGUAAGUUUGGGCCAAGUGUGUAAUUCUUACAGUGGCUGGCUAAAGGAGGUGCAGUUUCUAUGUGCUAAAAUAAGAGGAUGGAGGGUUGGGAUUAGUAGUGAAUUUGAGGCUGAAAAGAGAGAUUAGGUGUGGCCCAAGCAGACAGGUGGAUAGUUAUGUCAGUGGCACUAGAUUUCUAAUAUUUAAUAUUUUGUAUUAUUAAUUUAUAAUGUUAUGUGGAUUUUAAAUCUUUCAUUAAAAGUAUUUUUAUCAUAAGGCAA